CUCUUCUCCUGGCCACAUACAUUUUCUACAACGAAAAGAAAAUCUAUCUCGUUAUCUGCCACCACCUCCCACGCACUUGGUUUUCGCGUACCGACACUGCUGUUCAAAUGGAUAGAUGAUCGGGUUAGGUAAGCCACUCGCCCCAGGAGGCGCAGUACGUCAUUCUUGCUAUAUCGUGGCCCCCACAUCGCAUCGACAUUACCGCAUUCACGAUCUGAGCAGCAUCACUUUGUUCACUCCUCUGUUACAUUACUACAUGGCAUGAGUUUCCUUGCCAUUUCAACUCUACCCCUUUGUUCUAGCAGUCGUUACCUUCCCUUUCUACUACACAGUCCGUCAGUAAGUGUACCCAAAACCUUCGCCAUCUGCCGCCGCGCCAUGGGCUCCGUGGACACAUCCCUGCACCCCCAUACCUCGGGGAGCGCUGCCCGCUACGCUGAAGCACACUCCUCGCCAAAUCCAUUGAUCCUUUACGGCGGCUGGUUCUGCCCCUUCGUCCAGCGCAGCUGGAUUACCCUGCACGAGAAGAACAUCCCGCACCAAUAUUUCGAGAUCAACCCAUACCACAAAGACCCCGAAUUCCUCAAAUUAAACCCGCGUGGUUUGGUCCCGACGCUCGCCGUUCCGCUUGACAAGGAUGGCAAGGAGCAGAAGCCCCUGUACGAGAGUCUUGUGAUCUGCGAGUACUUGGACGAAGUAUAUAACGACCCUUCCAAGAACGGACCCGAUCUCCUUCCGAGAGAAGACGCCUAUCUGCGCGCCAAAUGCCGGAUUUGGAUCGAUCACAUCUCAAUGAGAAUUGUCCCCGCGUUCUACCGGUUCAUGCAACAUUCCGAUUCAAAAUCAUAUAGUCUAGAUGAAGCGCGGACAGAAUUCCUCAACCACAUCAAGACCUUCAUCAAAGAAUGCGAUCCUCAAGGACCGUUCUUUUUGGGUGAGAGAUUCAGUCUCGUGGACAUCAUGCUCGCGCCUUGGCUGUGCAGGAUGUUUCUUUUUGAUGUGUACAAGGGCGGAGUAGGUGUGCCUGAGGAAGGAAAGGGAGGUGAUGACGAAGGUACGUGGCAGAGAUGGAGGAAAUGGGCCAAAGCAGUGGGCGAAAGAGAGAGUGUGCUGGAUACCUUGAGUGAAAGGGAUCAAUACGUUGAUGCCUACCGGAGGUAUGCGGAGGAUACCACACAGAGUGAGGUUGCGAAGGCCACGAGGUCGGGGAGAGGACUGCCAUAGACAGGAGAAGCGUGGGAGGGAUUGAAAUGCAUGGCCCAUGGCUUUUACUUGCGUCCCAGAACUUCUUAGACUCGGAAAUCCGCUUGUCAUCCGUGGUUACCUAUUUGAGACCGUCUCG